ACUCAACUGAGUCAAGUCUACCCCGGAAAGCUCUUCCAACUAACUUUACAGAUUCUACGGGGCAAUUUACCUGCUCUUAACAAUUCCGGGUUUGGUAAUAACAACAUUUCCUAUCAAUACAGAACAAAAAGAGCCCAAAAAAGCUGCCAUUCUUCUGUUGAAUGUUUAAUAAUGGCCAUUUUAAUUGCUGUCACCACCAGCACCAGCACCAGCACCAGCAGCUGCACCCAAAUUCCUUCUUUCUCUCCUCUUCCUCUCUCUCGUUUUUAAGAUUAACGCCAGUGCAUCGUCCUAACUCCUAACCACUUUUUUGGGUUUUUGGUUUUUGGUUUUUGGGGGUUCCUUCUAACUCAGCGUCCUGGCACCUUGUUUCCUCAGACCCCCGGGAGAUUUGAUUUAUGUGAUGAGAGAUCAUUUGAAUUCGGAUUUGUUCGACCCGAGAACGGAGAUGGACCCCGAUUACUCCCGUGGGGCCUCCUCCGCCUCCGAUGGUGACUUCGGCUUUGCUUUCAACGACAGUAAUUUCUCUGAUCGCCUUCUCAAGAUCGAGAUCAUGGGUGGUCCUUCUGAGUGCUGUCUUGAUGGGGAGGGUUGUACUACCGUCGCCGAUUGGGCUCGCCAUCGCAAGAGGCGCAGAGAAGACAUCAAAAAGGAAACCGCUUUGGAUCUUACUCUUGGUGCUGAAGAGCAGAUUUUAACUGGCAAUCAGCCGGAUAUGGAUGAUGGUGUGGGCUGUGAAAAUCAAGAUGAAGAAGCUGAGGCAAUGGUUGAAGAGACCUCAGGUGGUAAAUUCACUAUGCUAUAGGCCUAACUAUAUUCAAAGAUAAAUUCUUUUCCUUGACCCAUUCUAUACUUUUAUCACCGUGCAUCAGUUAGCUCUUAUCUUUUACACAAGCAAGUUGUUUUGCAUGUGGCUUGAGUGCGCUUUUGUUUUUUUGCAGGUGAUGAAGCGGCAGAUAGCAAUGAAUUGUCAUGGAGCAUGGAUUGUUCUACUGUUCUCAGAGUUAAAACAUUGCACAUCAGCUCUCCUAUUUUAGCAGCAAAAAGUCCAUUUUUCUACAAGCUUUUCUCAAAUGGAAUGAGGGAGUCGGAGCAACGACAUGUAACCCUAAGAAUCAAUGCUUCAGGUAUAU